CCGCCUUUCUCUCCUUGAUUCUCCUCCCAGCACCUUAUCGAUUUCUUCCUGAGCAUGGUCCGAGACAUUGGGUCGAUGUUUCAGCCAUCCAUGAUUUCUUGAUUUUAGCCUAAUCUUUUGUUUUACUGACUCCAUUUCUCGAGUGAGCGGCGUCGGCUCCGAUAUCACGCGCUUCUGCCAAGCUCGGCUGCUAUCUGAGAGCUCCUAGCAUUGUUGCGUGACGCCACCGUCAUCCCAUUCUCGCCUUCGCGACGUCAGCUUUGCCUCCUUGACUCGGUUUUCAACUUCGGAUGAUCUUGAUUGUCUUCGAUAUCGCUGCAUCUUGCUGGUUCCAUCAUUAUAGACCCCCCAUUUGACGAUGCGGGGACUCCGCUCAAUCCCCGUCGUUGCUUGCCUCGGCUCGCUCCUCCCCCAGGUCUUCGCUCAGGGCGAGACGAAGAUUCACGAGACGGGUCGCUGUGCUAUUCGAGGACAUUGCGGAAAGCAGUCAUUCUUUGGAGGAGAGCUGCCUUGCCCCGACAAUGGACUUGCGGAGGAGCCGGAAGCGGCGGUGAGGAAGAAGCUGGUAGACUUGUGCGGGAGCAAGUGGGAGGAAGGGCCGGUGUGCUGUAAAGAUGAACAAGUCGACGCGCUGGCUAAGAACCUGAAACUCGCCGAGGGUAUCAUCGCAUCCUGUCCGGCAUGCAAGGAGAACUUCUUCAACACCUUUUGCACAUUCACCUGCUCUCCGGACCAGUCUCUGUUCGUCAACGUCACAAAGACCGAGGAGAAAAACGGGAAAUUUCUGGUGACCGAGUUGGACAACAUCUGGUCGGAAGAGUACCAAAGCGGAUUCUACGACAGCUGCAAAAAUGUGAAAAACGGCGCGUCGGGUGGAAAAGCGAUCGAUUUCAUCGGUGGCGGGGCGAAGAACUACAGUCAAUUUGUGAAGUUUCUGGGAGACAAGAAGCUGCUGGGCAGCCCAUUCCAGAUAAACUAUAAGACAGAGCCAGGUUCGGAUCCCCAGGGUAUGAAGGCCUUGCCCAUCACGCCGAAAGCGUGCAAUGACGCAGAUGAGGCGUUCCGCUGCUCUUGCGUGGACUGUCCGGCCGUUUGCCCCGAAUUACCGGCGGUGGAAACCGACGAUCAUUGCUAUGUGGGACUUCUGCCUUGUCUAUCGUUUUCCGUCAUCCUUAUUUACUCGGUGUUUUUGUUGUUUGUUGUCGCCCUCUCCGGCUAUUUCACGUACAGAGAGCGACGCUACCGCAAGCCCGAACGGGUUCGACUCCUCCAAGAUCCGACUCCAAGCGACGAUGAAGACGAAGCUGAUAUCGUCCACGCCGGAGGCUACCUCGAACAACCCCACGGUGAAUACAAAGUAAAUACCGCUUUGGACAUCUUGUUCAAUCGCAUUGGUGGCGCGUGCGCUCGGUUUCCUGCAAUCACCAUUAUUUCCACCAUUGUGGUAGUUGUUUUGCUGAGCGUCGGUUGGCUGAGAUUUUCCGUCGAAACCGACCCCGUACGACUCUGGGUCAGCCCCAGCUCAGCUGCUUACCAGGAAAAGGAGUACUUCGAUACCAAUUUCGGUCCGUUUUACCGGGCCGAACAGGCUUUCGUGGUGAACAGCACUGCGGACGGAGAUGGCCGCGUUCUCAACUAUGACACCUUAAGUUGGUGGUUUGAUGUCGAAUCUCGCGUUCGUCGGAUGAUUUCGCUAGAACGCGAGCUUAUCCUAGAUGAUGUAUGUUUUAAGCCGACGGGCGACGCCUGUGUGAUCCAGAGUUUGACAGGCUACUUUGGCGGAUCGGUAUCGAAUCUGGACCCUGACACUUGGGAGGAUCGGCUCAAACAUUGCGCGGAGUCUCCGGGCGACGUGAGCUGCCUUCCGGAUUUUAGCCAACCCCUCAGGCCUGAGAUGCUUCUGGGUGGCUAUGAAGAGUCGGGAAAUGUGCUCGACGCACAGGCCAUUGUUACCACCUGGGUUGUUAACAACCAUGCCCAAGGAACCGAAGGGGAAGCUAAUGCCAUCGAUUGGGAGGACAGCUUCAAGCGUAUCUUUGAUGUGGUGCAAGAAGAAGCCAAAGAACGUGGUCUUCGCGUCUCCUUCAACACCGAAAUUAGCGUUGAGCAGGAACUCAACAAGUCGACCAAUACCGAUGCGAAGAUUAUCGUCAUCAGCUACAUCAUUAUGUUUAUAUAUGCCUCGUUGGCCUUGGGCUCGGUUACUGUGAGCUUGAAGUCACUGCUCAUGCACCCUGCCAAUGCUCUGGUCCAGUCGAAGUUCACCUUGGGCAUCGUCGGGAUUCUCAUCGUCUUGAUGUCCGUGUCUGCUUCGGUCGGCCUAUUCUCUGCCGCAGGGGUUAAAGUGACCUUAAUCAUCGCGGAGGUCAUCCCCUUCCUUGUUCUGGCUGUGGGAGUGGACAACAUUUUCUUGAUUGUUCAUGAAUUUGAACGGAUCAACAUCAGCCAUCCCGACGAGGAGAUCGAUGAGCGAAUUGCUCGAGCGGCGGGCCGGAUUGGCCCUAGCAUUUUCCUCUCGGCCAUUACGGAAACCUUUGCCUUCGCGCUGGGCGCCUUCGUCGGAAUGCCUGCUGUGAAGAACUUCGCCGUUUAUGCUGCGGGGGCCGUCUUCAUCAAUGCCCUUCUCCAAAUCACCAUGUUUAUAUCUGUACUUGCCUUGAACCAGAGACGGGUUGAGAGUCUUCGCGCAGAUUGUAUUCCGUGCCUGACCGUGCGCAAAGCCCACUCUGGAUUAGCCGACGAUCAACUCUUCGACGAUCAAGAUGGGGAGAGCAUGCUGCAGAGGUUUAUCCGGAAAGCCUACGCCCCGCGCAUUCUCGGUCGCAGGAUCAAGGUGUUGAUCGUGAUUGUAUUCUUGGGCCUCCUGACAGCUGGCUUGGCGCUGAUUCCCGAAGUUGCCCUCGGGUUGGAUCAACGCAUCGCUCUUCCAAGCGACUCCUAUUUGAUCCAAUACUUCAAUGAUCUUGAUGUCUACUUCGGAAGCGGUCCGCCAGUUUACUUUGUGACGCGCGAUGUGAAUGUGACCGAACGAAGCCAUCAGCAACAGCUCUGCGGGCGGUUCACCACUUGUGAGGAGUUUUCCCUCCCCUUCGUCUUGGAGCAAGAAUCCAAGCGGCCCGAAGUUUCUUAUAUCUCUGGGUCCACUGCCAGCUGGAUUGAUGACUUUUUCUACUGGCUCAACCCCCAGCAGGACUGUUGCAAGGAGGGCGACAAGCUUUGUUUCGAAGACAGAACUCAACCAUGGAAUAUCUCUCUUUACGGAAUGCCUGAGGGAGCCGAGUUUGUCUAUUAUGUGGAGAAAUGGCUUGACUCCCCCACAGAUGCCUCGUGUCCCUUGGGAGGAAAAGCGCCCUACAGCGAUGCCCUUGUCGUCGAUUCCAAGCGGUUGAUGACCAAUGCGAGCCACUUUAGAACUUCUCACACCCCUCUAAGAAGCCAAGAAGAUUUCAUCAAUUCCUACAAAGCUGCUCGUCGCAUUGCAGACGGCAUUUCCAAGGAGCAUGGCAUCGACGUGUUCCCUUAUUCGAAGGCCUACAUUUUCUUCGACCAGUAUGUCUCUAUUGUGCAACUAACCGGAACGCUACUUGGGUUCGCGGUUGCUAUUAUCUUCGCCAUCACUUCUGCCGUUCUGGGAUCCGUGGCCACGGGAGCGGUAGUCACGACCACUGUUGUGAUGAUAGUGGUGGAUGUCAUCGGUUCCAUGGCUAUCUCUGGCGUAUCGUUGAACGCCGUGUCCCUGGUGAAUUUGAUCAUCUGCGUCGGCAUCGGCGUGGAAUUUUGCGCACAUAUUGCUCGCGCCUUCAUGUUCCCUUCCAAAGCCAUUCUGGAGAAGGCACCCACCAAGUUCCGGGGCAAAGAUGCGCGAGCAUGGACCGCUCUGGUCAAUGUCGGUGGCAGCGUCUUCAGUGGUAUCACCGUCACCAAGCUCUUGGGUGUGUGCGUUCUGGCUUUUACGCGAAGUAAAAUCUUCGAGAUCUAUUACUUCCGUGUCUGGCUAGCGCUCAUCGUGUUUGCGGCGACUCAUGCGCUCAUCUUUUUACCUGUAGCGCUCAGCUACUUUGGCGGAGAGGGAUAUUCUGACCCUGGAUCCGAUGGCGGUCUGGAAGAGAACCUUGCGUCCCGGGGCUAUCGUUCCCUGCUGGUUGACGACGGUUAUGAUUCCGAGGAAUACUAGACAUGGACCUUCACUAGAGACCAUCUUGUUUACAUCUAGACAUGUUCUGGUCAUUUUCACGCUUCAUGGAUAAAUCAACUAGUAACGACACUAUUCUGCGCGUUCAUCCUCGGAAGAGUCCAACAGACCCACCUCUUGGCUAGCAGGACGGAGUAUGUUUGGGACUCACGAAUCAGAGCCGGAGUUUAUGGAUUGAAACGGCGUUUGGUAAUCAUGGCAACCAUCUAGCGGGUUGCUUCCAUUUGUUUCCAAUAUGAAAUUGAAUUUUCUUACCGCCCCUCCUGCUUUGUAUACCUCUUCACUAGUCAAACGGUCGGCAGGGACGGCAGGCAAUAGUAGACUUUUG